AUGAGCACGAAACAAGAACCUGAAAUCCUCUCGACGGAGGAGCUCAAGACGGAGGCGAAAUGGUUGAAGAUGGAACGUAUCAAAUGGAAGGAUGAAGAAGGCAAGGAGCGUGUGUGGGAAACAGCCAAUCGAACUACGAGAAAAGGGAUAGUAGAUUCCGUACAUAUACUUGCUUUAUUACAUCAUCCAAAUAAGCCCGUAUCGACUGUGAUCAUUGAACAAUAUCGUCCACCGGCAGGGAAGACAGUAGUUGAACUCCCAGCUGGACUAGUGGACGAAGGAGAAGAUUCGGCUACUGCUGCAUUGAGGGAACUACAUGAAGAAACGGGGUAUGGAUCAGGAAAAGCCGAUCACGGGGAUGUCACAGUCGAUCCUGGGAUGACAGGUGCGAAUAUGCAAUUAGUUACUAUCAAUGUCAAUCUGGGAAAGAAUGAUCCGGAACCUCAACAAAAGCUUGACGAGGGAGAACACAUAGUGAAACGAGUCAUUCCAUUGCAAGAUCUCUCCGCGGUUCUCUCAGAUUACGACAAACGAGGUUUCGCCAUAGAUGCCCUCCUCGCUUGUAUAGCACAAGGAUGGCAGCUAGCCCGGCAGUUUAGUUGA